UAUGAACGAAUGUCUAAUCAGAUACGGUUUGGCGUUCUGGAGUGAACAGUGUGAGACACUGACUUUAUUUCAAAUUAAGUUACUUUUGUAUUUUUUUCUUUCGUAAUUAAUGAUGAAUGAAAACGCAGCUGAUGGAGAGGAAGAAAGAGAAAGUUUAGUUGUUGCUAUAAUUGAUUUGAAUCCAUCCCCACAGAUGAUAAAAGAUGGAGAAUGUAUUGUGCCAAAAUGUUUGGAUGCUCUCAUAGCUUUUUGCUGCUCCCAUGUGAUGCUGAAUCCAUUAAACAAACUUGCUAUCAUUGGUUGUCACACUAGGCAGAGUGCCUUUUUAUAUCCACUUCCAUCUUCAUCAGAAUUUGAAGAUUUUAGACCUUCUGAUGGACAAUAUGAACUCUUUGCCAACAUCAAAAAUGCAGUGCAUACUAAUGUGAAAAAGUUAGUUCUACAAAAUAAUGAAGAGGAAAUAUAUACUGAAUCACUUGUGGCUGGAGCAAUGACCAUGGCUUUAUGUUAUAUACAUCGGUUAAGAAAACAGCAUAUCAUUGAAAAAAAAAUUCAGGCCAGAAUCUUGAUCGUGUCUGCAUCUGGUGAUAGUGCUUCACAAUAUAUGAAUUUUAUGAAUGUUUUUUUCACUUCCCAAAAAGAGGGAGUUUUAAUAGAUGCAUGUGUAAUAGAGAAAGAUUCUGGAUUAUUGCAGCAGGGUUGUGACAUAACUGGAGGAAUGUAUCUGAAAAUUCAAAAUGUUUCUGCCUUAUUACAGUAUUUAUUGUGGAUAUUUUUACCUAACAUGGAGACAAGGAAAAAAAUGAUUCUUCCUACACGAGUACAUGUUGACUACAGAGCAGCCUGUUUCUGUCAUAGAAAUCUCAUUGAAAUCGGAUAUGUUUGCUCCGUCUGCUUAUCUAUUUUUUGCACCUUUAGUCCUAUUUGCUCAACUUGUCAAACGGCAUUUAAGUUGGGUCCUCUUCCUACCAUUAUUGCAAAGAAAAGGAGGAAGCAAGCAUCACUGAGACAAUGAUUUCAAAUUUAUACUAUGAGUGUAUUUCUGUAAAUUUUUGUAAAUGGAAUUUUUAUAUAUAUAGAAAAGGUCUUUUGGUUCAAA